UGCUGUAAGACGCGUGCAUGUAUGUGAGCCCGUUCCCCGACUGGCCGGCGCAUCGAGCGAACCGCGAGCUCCCUUGGAAAAGGUGGCGCCAUUAAACAAACGGGAAAGAGCGAGCCAGCGGGGCGCGGGCGGCUAUAAAACCCCACGCACGCUGCGUUCGUUAGCUCGCCCAGGUCCUAAACACGCAGGUCCAACACGCGCCGAGGACGACGUAGCCUUUCCGGUCGGACAUCGGUCGCGACUUCCGCGCGCGCGCAUGGGGGCCGAGGCAGCGAUGAUCCAGACCGCCGUACUCCUCGUGCCGUUCCCGGCGCAGGGCCACGUCACGCCCAUGCUGCACCUGGCGCGCGCCCUCGCCGCGCACGGCGCCGCGGCCACCGUCGCCGUCCCGGACUUCAUCCACCGCCGCAUCGCCGGCAUCGUGGAGGGCGGCGACGGCGUGGAGCUCGCGUCCAUCCCCAGCGGCAUCACGGAGGGCAGCGGCGCUGGCAACGACGAGACCCCAGGGUUCGGCGCCAUCGCGCAGGCCAUGGAGCACCACAUGCCCGCGCACCUGGAGCGCAUGCUGACACGCCGCCGGCCGGCCGUCGCCUGCGUCGUCGUCGACGUGCUGGCGUCGUGGGCCAUCCCCGUGGCCGCGCGCUGCGGCGUGCCGGCCACCGGGUUCUGGCCCGCGAUGCUCGCCAGCUACCGCGUCGUGGCCGCCAUCCCCGAGCUCAUGGAGAAGGGGCUCAUCUCGGAAUCUGGUACACCUAUCUCGCCGUCGAAUCAAUCCGACAACGAGCAAAUCAUUCAGGACCAGAUGAUCCGAGGCCUCAAGAUUCUGCCGGCGCAGGUGGAGCUGCGCACCAAGGAGCUGCCGUGGCUCGUCGGCGACUCGGUCACCCAGAAGUCGAGGUUCGCCUUCUGGCUCCAGACCUUGCACCGCGCGAGGAGCUUCCGCGCGGUCCUCGUCAACUCCUUCCCCGACGAGGCCGGCGAGGAUGUCGGGCACCUGUCAAAACAGAGUCCACGGAUCCUCCCAGUAGGGCCGGCGUUGCUACCUGGCCUCGGCAGCAGCGCCGAGCGCACGAAGGGCAGCACCGACGCCGUCGCUUCACCGCAACCGUGCAGCAACAAGAACCCCAGCAUGUGGCGCGCGGACUCGAGCUGCAUCGGGUGGCUGGACGCGCAGCGCGCGGGGUCGGUGGUGUACGUCUCGUUCGGCAGCUGGGUCGGGCCGAUCGGGCCCGACAAGAUCCGGGAGCUCGCGCUGGGGCUGGAGGCCACGGGUCGCCCGUUCCUGUGGGCGCUCAAGAGAGACCCCUCGUGGCGCGCGGGCCUUCCCGACGGGUUCGCCGAGCGCAUCGCGGCCGCGGGGCGCGGCAAGGUGGUGGACUGGGCGCCGCAGGAGGACGUGCUCAGGCACCGCGCCGUCGGGUGCUACCUCACGCACUGCGGCUGGAACUCGACGCUCGAGGCCGUGCAGCACGGGGUGCGGCUGCUGUGCUACCCGGUCUCCGGGGACCAGUUCAUUAACUGCGCGUACAUCACCGGCCUGUGGGAGAUCGGGCUCAAGCUCGGCAGCAUGAGCAGAGACGACGUGAAGGACCGCAUCGCGAGGAUCAUGGAAGGCGACGACGGGAGGCGUUUGCAGGAGAAUGUCAGGUUGCUACGGGAGAAAGUCGUGACGACGGAGGCGAGGCGCUCGGCGGACAGAAACGUCAGGUCUUUCGUGGACGAGAUUAAGAAGGAUCAGCCGCUGUUGAUGCAAAUAUACAGCGUAUUGUAGCGAUCCAUGUGAUGUACAUUAUCCUUUUCCCCCUUCACGAUUGAAAUGGUUAUGAUCCAUAUCUAACAAGAGGACCUGUCGCGAAAUUUCGUUCUA